CUAGCUGCAGCCGAUAGGUUCGUCUGUACCUGAGUCAGUGCCGUGUGCCGGUGGUUUAAAAGCGCGCGUCGUUCAUUGCCCAGCGUAGUUGAGGAAACGGUCGCGUCCGAAAAAUAGAUCUCUGUUUUUCGUUUAAUCGAAAUCGGUGAAUGUCGGUCACACACGGCGAAGCAAAGUUGGUCUCCUUAUAUUAAAAGAAGUAGGAAGACGAAAAAGCAUUAAAGCAGCAGGUGGAGGAACAGGCAACCAGGCGUGCGAAAUAACGAAUUUAAGUGUAAAAGGGUCGACGAGGACUGAAUAAUAGGACGUCUACGAUCACCCUCAUCAUCGCGCCUACAUAACGCGCGUACCAACCUACGAACCUUAAUCAUACCAAGCAAGAAGCGAUGAGGUCGUCUCGCCCGUGUAACGGUUGGGGUUGGCCUGUUGGCCACUGGAGCGCACUCUGGUGCGCAAUGGCCGCGCUUGCCUCAAUCGGAGGCCCAGACGGGGUUGUCGCCGUACCGCUGUCUUCAGUUGGAGUUCCCUUAAACUAUCGAGACAUCGUUUUUCAGCAAACACCAAUUCGUAUCUUUCGUUGUCCUCAAUGCGAAACAAAUGCCCUUAUUCUCGCAACAGAAACAGACGUCUCAAGAUCGAAGAAGAGCGGAUUCUCCGAUCAACGAAUCGCUGAACUCGAAGGGAUGCUGAUGAACAAUCGAAUGCGACGCAGUGGAUUCUCGGAUCAGCGGAUUGCAGAGAUGGAAGCCAUGUUAAUGAACUCUAUGAAAAGACCAGCGCAGCGAGCUUUUACCGCCAGCGAACAGUCGAGUGCUGAUCCUUCAGCCGCGCACGGUAACAGUCUUCACGUUAUCAACGGAAAUCUGGACGUCAAUGGGCCCACUCAACCGCCGGAGACGGAACUAAAAUGGGCCAUAGCGCUCAAUUUGGAGACCAACCCGCGCCAUAUUUUAGAGCUCAUUGUAUACCCCAGUGCUGCUUCGCUGAUUAUCGGCCAACGCGGUGUUGGAUCGGCACGUAAAAGGGAGGACACAGGGGCACCUGGUCGCCCACUCAGAGGGAUUUCCACUUUCCGGACAAUCGGAGAUAUCAACGCGGUUCUUGAAAUCCUUCAAGCGGAGAACAACACCAGGUAUAAUAUCGCCGAUAAAGGCAGCUGUAAUAAACACAGAGGAACAGUGAAAGUUGUAGACGUGCAAAAACGCAGCGGAUUCAGCGACCAGCGCAUGGCGGAGAUGGAGACUAUGGUCCUUUCGCAGCCCAAGGAAUUCAAUGAAGCACCGCGUCUCAGCUGGCUGUUAACGCCAAAGCUCUAUGUUAAAGCCAAAGUUUAAUAUGCUACCCACCUCGCUAACGUUUCUGAAGAAACGCAACAUCAUUCGGUUCCAUGUGGCAUCUGUCUGUUGUGAAAAGCGCCGCGAUGAAUGUCCAUACGUGAUAUAGCUAGAUAGGGAAGACCUAUUCUCUGGUGUAAGGCUCACACUGUAUCUUCAAUAAACUAGAAUUUUAUCGAAUAUUCGAUCGGGUGUGCAAGUUAUGUCAGUGUUCUCAGCAUCAGAUAAUAACAACAAUGGAGCGAACAAAGAAACUUUUCACUCGGGCCAGACUAACGCAACAGAGAACGCUACAUCUACAUCGUUACGAACAGUCUGAGGUUGUACUGGAAGUCGAAACGACACAUCCUAAAAAAAUUUUUAUAGUUAAAUAUAGAUCUUCGAUAAUGUAAGCUCUAUGGCAAUGUGAUCGUGUUUAACUAUAUGAAC